AUGCUAAAUUUGAGAUCUCCUCACAUUUAUAAUAGAGUUUUCAAGUUAUUUCAGUUAUCAAGACCAAGUAAAAGGAUCGUCGUUCUCCCUCCACAUAUACGUCGUACAUUUCACAGGCCAACUCAGUUAUAUAUAGCCAGAAAUAUGUCAGUUCAAACCAUCACUUCAAACCUUGAAGCGUUGGGCUUAAGUCAACCUGCUCCCUAUGUAGACUCCCAGCCGGAAUUCAACGUCAUUGACGUGAUCAGAAACUACAUCGCUGAUGAGUUGAGCACAAUCUCAGGUGUCGACAAGGCACUCAUUUUCCCAGCUUUGGAUACCCCUUCUACUUUGGAAAAGGGUGAUUUGAUCAUCCCACUCCCAAGAUUGAGAUUAAAGGGUGUCAACCCAAAGGAGAAAGCCACUGAAUGGGCUGCUAUCUUCCCAAAGAGUAAGUACUUAUCUGAAGUUAAAGCUGAAGGCCCUUUCAUUCAAUUUUUCUUCAGCAAGGAAUUAUUGUUCAAUGUAGUCAUCAAGGAUGUCCUAACUAGAACCACCGAAUAUGGUUCGCUCCCAUUGGGUGUCGGUAAGAAAUUGGCCAUUGAAUUCUCAUCUCCUAAUAUUGCCAAGCCAUUCCACGCUGGUCACUUAAGAUCUACCAUCAUUGGUGGUUUUUUGGCUAACUUGUACGAGAGAUUGGGUUGGGAUGUCACCAGAAUUAACUAUUUGGGUGACUGGGGUAAGCAAUUCGGUUUAUUGGCUGUCGGUUUUGAAAAAUACGGUGACGAUGCUCUUUUGAAGUCUGACCCAAUUAACCACUUGUUCUCCGUCUACGUUAAAAUCAACGCUGACUUGAAAGAAGAAGGGCCAGAUUUGGAAGGCGGUAUUAACGACCAAGCUAGAAAGUUCUUCAAGAGAAUGGAAGAUGGUGACGAAACCGCAUUAAAGAACUGGAGAGUCUUCAGAGAUUUGUCUAUUGAUAAGUAUAUCAAGACCUAUGCUAGAUUAAACAUCAAGUACGAAUUCUACUCUGGUGAAUCUCAAGUCUCUAAGGAAGUCAUGGACAAUGCUACCAAGAUGUUUGAGGAUAAGGGAUUAGUCCAUGUCGACAGAGGUGCCAAAUUGAUUGACUUGACGAAGUUCAACAAGAAGUUGGGUAAGUGUUUGGUUCAAAAGUCUGAUGGUACUUCCAUCUACUUAACCAGAGAUGUUGGUGAAGCCAUUGGUAGAUACGAAAAGUACAAGUUCGACAAGUCUAUUUAUGUUAUUGCUACCCAACAAGACUUGCACGUUGCACAAUUCUUUGAAAUCUUAAAGCAAAUGGGAUUACCAUGGGCCGACAGAUUAGAGCACGUUAAUUUCGGUAUGGUCUUGGGUAUGUCAACCAGAAAUGGUACUGUUGUGUUUUUGGAUGAUAUUUUAGAAGAAACCAAGGAAAAGAUGCACGAAGUCAUGAAGAAGAAUGAAGCGAAAUACGCUCAAAUCGAAGAUCCAGAAAAGAUUGCCGAUUUAAUUGGUAUUUCUGCCGUCAUGAUUCAAGAUAUGCAAUCGAAGAGAAUAAAUAAUUACGAAUUCAAGUGGGAUAGAAUGCUUUCAUUCGAAGGAGACACAGGUCCAUACUUGCAAUAUGCUCAUUCUAGAUUGAGAUCCGUCCAAAGAAAGUCCGGAAUUGAAGAAUCUAAGUUGGCCAAUGCUAACUUCGACUUGUUGGUUGAGCCAGCUGCUGCAAACUUGAUCAGAAUCUUGGCUCAAUAUCCAGAUACCUUGAAGAAGGCUCAAAAGACCCACGAACCAUCUACUAUAGUUACUUACUUGUUCACCUUGAGUCACGUUGUCUCUCAAUGUUACGAUAUAUUAUGGGUUGCUGGACAAGAGGAAGAAUUAGCUAUUGCUAGAUUGGCAUUGUACCUGGCUGCUAGACAAGUUUUGUUCAAUGGUAUGACCUUGUUAGGUUUGACUCCAGUUGAUAGAAUGUAG